GCUCACACACUCUCGAAACGCUCACACACUCGCACCUUCCAUAACACACACAUACUGUGGAUUAGCUCUGCUUCAGAUUCUGUUCGUCAGGGUUGUGAUGGCAGACACGGCUGUUCAGAUGACUGGAGAUCUAAACAACAAUCAGUCCAGGACACCGGUGUCCACCAGAAUGUCCUUCUCAUCGCCCAGACGAGGAGCGACCGUGAGCUUCCACAACAUCAACUACAGCGUGAAGAUGAAGAGCGGCUUCCUGUGCAAGAGGAAGGUCACGAAGAAGAACAUCCUCAUCGAGCUCAAUGGUAUCAUGAGGCCAGGACUGAAUGCCAUAUUAGGACCCACCGGGAGCGGGAAAUCAUCGUUUCUGGACGUUCUGGCCGCUCGUAAGGAUCCUGCUGGUCUUUCUGGAGAGGUUCUUAUAGACGGAGCUCCACAGCCUCCAAACUUCAAAUGUCUGUCUGGAUACGUAGUGCAGGAUGACGUGGUCAUGGGGACACUGACCGUUCGGGAGAAUCUGCGUUUCUCAGCAGCUUUAAGGCUCCCGAAGUCGAUUCGUCAGCAAGAAAAAGAUGAGAAGAUUGAGAAACUAAUUCAGGAGCUGGGAUUGAGCAAAGUGGCCGAUUCACGGGUGGGCACACAGCUGAUUCGUGGUGUUUCAGGUGGAGAGAGGAAGAGGACAAGCAUCGGCAUGGAGCUGAUCAUUGAUCCACCGGUGCUUUUCCUGGACGAGCCGACCACCGGCCUGGACGCCAGUACAGCCAACUCUGUCCUCAUGCUGCUCAAGAAAAUGGCGAACAGCGGUCGCACCAUCAUCCUGUCCAUCCAUCAGCCGCGGUACUCCAUCUACCGGCUGUUCGACAGCCUCACACUGCUAUUGGGAGGAAGACUGGUGUAUCACGGCCCGGCUCAAGAUGCCCUGGACUACUUCAGCCAUAUCGGAUACAUCUGUGAACCUCAUAACAAUCCUGCUGAUUUCUUCCUGGAUGUCAUCAAUGGAGAAUCCACCGCCGUCGCUCUCAACAGGUUAUACGACGAUGAGGAACUGGACGAGGAGCAGCUGAGAUCAUCUCUGAAGGGCAUCGAGGACCGUUUGGUGGAUGAAUACAAGAACAGCGCCAGCUACAAACAGACCAAAAGCGAGAUGGAGCAAAUUGUUCAGGGACGGGACUACAGCAAACGACCCAAAUCCAGAACCAUCACCUACAGCACAUCCUUCUGCCACCAGUUCAACUGGGUUCUCAAAAGAACCUUCAAGGACCUCAUGUUGAACCCACAGACCUCAUUAGUCCAGAUCGGAGUGAUGAUUUUCAUGGCUCUGGUUGUUGGAGCCAUAUUUUUUGGAGUGAAGGAUAAUAUGAGUGGCAUUCAGAACAGGAUGGGUGCACUCUUCUUCAUCACCUCAAAUCAGUGCUUCACUUCUAUGUCCUCAGCUGAACUGUUUAUCACAGAGAGGAAACUGUUUGUGCACGAGUACAUCAGUGGAUACUACAGAGUCUCGGUGUACUUCUUGUCUAAGGUCCUGUCUGACAUCCUGACUCUGCGCACCAUCCCGUCCAUCAUCUUCAGCUGUGUCGUGUACUGGAUGAUCGGUCUGAAGGCAACGGCCGAGGCGUUCUUCAUCUUUCUCUUCUCCAUCGUUCUGGUGUCUUACACAGCCACCUCCAUGACUCUAGCCAUCUCCGCUGAUCAGACGGUGGUGGGCAUCGCUACCAUCGUCAUUAACAUGAUAUUUGUGUUCAUGAUGAUCUUCUCGGGGCUGCUGGUGAAUCUCCCCAGUGUUGCUGACUGGUUGAACUGGUUGAAGUAUCUCAGUAUUCCUCGCUAUGGUCUUGUUGCUGUGGAAAUCAAUGAGUUCACUGGCCUCACCCUGUGUGACAUGAAGAACACAAGUGGCCUAGAAAUACAAGUCUGCACGAAAGGUGAGGACUUUCUGAGUGAACAGGGCAUCCAUUACUCAACCUGGGAUUUGUGGCAGAAUCAUUUGGCUCUGGGAAUCAUGACCCUCAUCUUCCUCAUCAUCGCUUACCUCAAACUGCGCUUCAUCAAGAAAUUCACCUAAACACAAGCUAAUGUUCUUCCAAAUCUCAAAGUCAUAUCAAACAACAAAUACAGAGUUCUGGCAUGAAACUCUAGAUGGCGCAGUCCGAUAGGUCUAACUCAAUCUGACCUAAUGACAUCAUUAUCACAUGGCACAGCUGAUUGGUUCUCUCCUAUAUCUGUAGCCCAUUAGCUCACUGCUCAACAUUCAAUAAAUGACUAGUGCUUGCCGUAGCAAUUACAGCUUCAGAAAUCCUCCACCUUCCCCAGCUCCACCUGUAUAGAUCUGCUAGGGGUUGAUUAAUGUAUUAAUCUACAGAAUUCCUGUAGUUUAUUCCAGCCUGAAGAGACCAGAGAUAAGCUGACAUCCAAUUAAUAAGAGAAUAAUGAAGUAGUUUCUGUGUUCAUCCCCAUGAAUGAAAUGUUUUAUUGGUUUGUUUUAUUUGAUUUCUGAAUGUGUUACUUAGCUGAACAUGGACUAAUCUAGAUGUUGCUAUGAGCUUAAAGGAGCAUUGCGUAGGUUCUGAAAUUUCUAACCGUUAGAGGAACUGCAGCCAGUCUCAUGCUCUUUCUCAGUGCGCACGCUCGUACGAACACGACCACAUCAACCAGGGUUGCUGCAGCAACCACUGACGCCGGUCGCUCUCUCUUUUUGCCAAACUAGGUUUUUAUUUUAUUUUUUUUUACUUACGAGGAGUGUCCGUUGGUGUCUGAAUUGUGCUGCCGGAGGCUGAUCGCUUCUUUCCAUCCACAGAGUCCAUCUGAAAACACUAUUACCGCUGCUUACUAUAAUGGCUGGCGCCGUACGGUUGUAAGCCCGAAUAGACGAGAACGUGCAUGACGUCACAUUUUGUGAAUUUUCGCGCCAAUUCGGGCCCGACUCCUACACACACAAUUGAGCCUACAGGCUGAUAGAGGCAACCGUGCUGGACAGUCGAGGUGUCAUUCUUUUUUUACAUAAUGGUUGGCUCAUACAUGUACAAAUGAAAACUCUAUCUUAAAGAUUUUUUUAAAGUAAAAACCUCCACAUAGCUCCUUUAAAUGACACUUCAUUAUGAAUAUAUGACUGAUCAAAUUGAAUGCCUUGGUGCUUGAUUUUAGUAUUCUGGGUUUUUUUUUUUUUUUUUUUUUUUGCGAUUGACUGUACCUCCAAAAAAAAAAAAAAAAAAAAAAAAAAGGUUUACAAAAGGUUGUUUAAAAAAACUAGAAUUUUGGAUAAAACAUGAUGUGAGCUUAAUGGGAACAGGGGUGUGCUUGUUUAUACCCAUUAAGCACAGCCAGACUUUUUGCAUUUAAUAAUGUAUAUCUGAAUCAAAAUGUUUUUGUCA